AUGUCAGGCUCCAGACCAUCCUCGUAUGUGGGAAAGAGAAGCAGCGGCGUAGCGGGAUUGGGUGAUCGGGGCUCGGGGGGUUCUGCGCCGUCACGACCGCGAAUGGCGGAGACUACCACCAGGACAUCAGAUCCAAAGAUCAGCAGCCGUUAUGCCGAAACACAUAAACGGUCCACCUCGGUCCAUCCGAAUCCCCGAUCGACGACCAGUUCUUUCGAGGAGCGCCGCACCGAGAAGGUCCAAGUAACCACGCGGGAAACCAUCAUGUCCCGCACGAGGAGUCCCCAGCACCGCACUGCAACUACCGACAGGAGUAGGACCACCGAUGGGUCAAAACAGAGAGCGCCAGAACCGAGGAGGGAGGCUCGGCAAGAGACACCGGUGCCAGCUUGGGAGCCGGAGGCGACACUCUUGCCGCACACGACAGCACCCCUAGCCUGCCGCAUAUCGAUCCCCCCUCUCGCCUCGGCCGCGCCCCAGACCUUACAACCAAAGCCCUUGCAAGAGCUCUCCCUCGAAGCCCAGGAAGCUGUGAUUAUCGAAGACCUACUGUUUGUGUUUAUGGGCUUCGAAGGGCAAUACAUUCGUUUCGCCAAAGGAUACAACCCUUUCGAGGAGCGCGACCGUCUGUCAGGCCCCCUGUGGCGCAUCCUCCCGGGAUUGGACCCGAGUUUGCAGGACCUCACCCAAUCCAUGCUACGUAUGGCCAGCCAUUAUACCGCACUCGAAACCUUCGUCGAUGUUCAGAGCCGAGAGGAAUUUGGCUCUGUCAACCACGCUUUGUGUGCCUCGAUACGGAAGCUCCUGCAAGAAUACCUGGUCAUGGUUGCCCAGCUCGAGACACAAUUUCUCAGUGACGACUCCUUCACGCUACAUGUGCUCAACGUCCAUGUAUUACCUACCAUCCACAUGAUGGCCCAACUUUACGCCCUAGCCCACGAAUUCCUCAAACGAAACGCGCUGUUGGACGACGAGACGGACGAAUCGAGCGACAGCAACGACGACUUCGACCACAUCAUCGAGCAAUUGAGGGACGGCGGCGAAUUGGUACCCGGGAACAUGACGGGGAAGAAAAUAUGCAAAGGUGGGGUGGUGCUCGGCCUGAUCACCAAGAGGCUAGAGUUCAUGUCGGGAGACCCUGCCGCCCGUGCCCUCCUGACAUCCCUUCUACGAGAUGCAAGCCGCCCGUACAUGCAGAUGCUAAACGAGUGGCUACACCACGGGGGCAUCAACGACCCCCACUCCGAGUUUCUGAUCAAAGAGCAGCGAAGUAUUCGCCGGGAGAGGUUAGAGCAGGACUACACCGACGAGUACUGGGAGCGGCGAUAUACCAUCCGGGAUCACGACAUUCCACCCCAGCUUGAAGGGGUCAAGGACAAGGUGUUACUCGCCGGCAAGUAUCUGAACGUUGUCAGGGAAUGCGGUGGAGUCGAUGUUAGCCUGCAGGUUAAGGACGUGCCCGUCUCGUUUGACGAUAACCGCUUCCUCGACAAUGUCAACAACGCCUACGCCCACGCCAAUGAGUCCUUGAUGCGGUUACUCUUGACGGCCCACGGCCUCCCAGCGAGACUACAAUCGUUGAAGCAUUACUUCUUCUUGGAUCCCUCAGACUAUUUCUCCUAUUUCCUGGAACUGGGUACUUCCGAGCUGCGGAAACCCGUCAAGUCGGUCAACACGAGCAAAUUACAGUCACUUUUGGAUCUGGUACUCCGUCAACCCGGAAGCAUCGUGUCGCUAGACCCUUUCAAGGAGGACGUCAAAGUCGAGAUGAACGAAAUCACCUUGACCAAAUCACUCCAGCGUGUGGUCAAUAUUACGGGUAUCGAACAGGGCGAAUCUCUUCAGCCCUUGUCGAGCAACCAACCCCUCGAGGGCGACAAAAAUGCCAAUGGAUUCACCUCUUUACAGCUUGACUAUGCCGUGCCAUUCCCCGUCUCGCUCGUCAUCAGCCGCAAGACUGUAUGGCGGUACCAGGCGCUCUUCCGAUACUUGUUAUCGCUUCGCUAUCUCGAGUCACAGCUAUCGACAACCUGGCAGACGCACACGAGCGGGUUUGUAUGGUCGCACAAGUCAUCAGCUCGCAAGCUCGAGAUCUGGAAGCGCCGGGUCUGGACGCUGCGCGCGCGAAUGCUGGUCUUUGUCCAGCAGCUGCUCUACUUUUGCACCGCUGAGGUGAUCGAACCAAACUGGCAGAGCCUAAUGGCGCGGCUGCGCCGGAAAGAUGGCGGCGGCCUGGAUGCUACACUCAACGGUUCAACCACAGGCGUCACCCGCACCGUCGACCAGCUGAUGCAGGACCACGUGGAUUUCCUCGACACUUGCCUCAAGGAGUGCAUGCUCACCAACAGCAAGCUGCUGAGGAUCCACUCCAAGCUCAUGCAAACAUGUACCGUCUUCGCAACCUACACCAACUGGCUCUCGCGCGAGCUCGAAAAGGCCGACCCCGACCUCUCCGGCACCACCAAACCACCCAACAUGACCGACGACCAAUGGCGCCACUUCCAAUCCAUCCGCACCCAAAAAACAACGCAACAACAACAACAACAACAGCAACAACAAACCCAAUCCCAAUCCCAAGACCCCAACUCCUCCAUCCUCCAACCCACCGACACCACCACCAGCAACAACCCCACCAACGGCGCCGCCGGCGAAGACGCGCGCAUCGCCGAGCUCUUUGACGUGAUGCGCAAGUGGGAGACCAACUUCAGCCGCCACCUGCAGAUCCUGCUCGACGCACUCAACCACUACGCCGCCACCGAGACCGUGGUCCUGCUGAGCCUGUGCGCGCGGCUGAGCACAGCGAACCAGGGGACUGAGUAUGCGGGGAUGAGGGGGGAGGAGGAUGGUGGUGGUGGUGGGGCCGGGGGUGGUGGUGGUGGGGGUGUUUGA